AUGAGUGCGAACUCUCAAGCGCGCCAGAAGGAGAUUCUUGUCCUUAUUGAAAAUCUUCUAGAACAAGAAGAGAUUUACUGGCUACAACGUGGUCGAGCCAAUUGGCUAUUACAUGGGGUCCACAACACCUUGUUCUUCCACAAUGCGGCUACCGCCAGGAAGAAAAGAAAUCAGAUUAAAAAGCUUUUGGAUGAUACAGGUGUUUGGUUGCAAGAUUCUGAUUUAAAGGACCACAUCAAGGGGUAUUUUUCAAACUUUUUUUCAUCUGAAGUUACCCAACCGAGCCUGGAGGUUCUUUCUCUUGUUCGAAGGAAAGUGACUGAUGAGAUGAAUAAUGCUCUUCUCGCCCCCUAUACGGCUGACGAUGUUCGGAAAGCUCUCUUUGAGAUUGGUGAUUUAAAGGCACCGGGACCGGACGGCCUCCAUGCUAUUUUUUAUAAAAGGUUUUGGUCUAUGCUGGGGGAUGACCUGACUGACGAGGUCCUGCAGGCGGUGAAUACUUGUACCAUUCCCCCCGGAUGGAAUGAUACUGCAAUUGUAAUGAUCCCAAAGGUUAAUUCCCCUGAAAAGAAGACGCUUUGUAUUUUGCUUGGAGCAUCGUACUCACUUGGGCCCUGCAACCCACUCGCACGGGCCUCCCCAGCGCACUCCGGCCCUUGGCCCUUCGUCGCCUCACUCUCCUUCCCCCCGCCGGCGCAGCAGCGAGAAGAUCCUCCGAUCCCCAUAUUUGCCGGCGACGAGCGAGCCCUCGUACGCGCCGCUCCGGGGAGCGUCGCCGCCGUCCUUCCCCGCGACGGCGACGCGUACAGCGGCAGAGCGGGAGGAAGCGCCCACUGCUCUCGUACUGAUCUGAUGGAAUACCGUCGGCAGUCAAUCACCAUGACGAAAAGAAGCCGUGGGACCAUCCUCGACGACCUCCCCGAGUGGAUUAUCAUCGAAGAGAUCCUCAUCCGGUUGCCACCAAAGGACGUUCUUCGCUGCCGCGCUGUCCGCAAGUUGUGGUGCAGUGCCACCUCCACCGACAAGUUCAUGCUCGGCAACUGCCUACGCCAGCCGUCGCUCCCUGUUAUCAACCAGGAUAUCCCUGGGCAGGAAGGAGUCACCUUCGUUGUCUUCCGUGACAACGGUGUCGGAGCCUCCAAUCAAAAGCUCUGGCCAAUCAUUCAACACUCUAAGUUCCAUAAUCUCCUGGGGGCCUGUGAUGGCUUUCUCAUCUUGUCCGAUGCAUCCCAUUUCUGGAUCUGCAAUCCAGCCGCUCGCAGAUGUGCUCCGCUACCACAACCUCGAGUUCCAUCGGCAGGGGGGUCCUGCAUCUACAUAGCUGGCUUUUACCGGCACCAUCCAUCUGGAGAAUACCGGGUGCUCUGGUUCUCGCAUGGCCAUGAACGUGGCUACAUUCUCUCGGCAGGAUCUGACAAGCCGAGAAUGAUCAGACGGCCGUCAGUGUCAUCGCGUUUGUCGAAAUGUAUGCACGAAGGGGCUUUUGAUUCCUGCUAUAGUUCACAAGUCAACCACCGCGGCAGCCUGCACUGGUUAACAGGAAUUGACAUGGAGACUCCCAUGGACAUUAUGGUGUUCGACACUGUAACUGAGAAGUUCCGGUGGAUGCGCAGUUCUGGCCAGUUGGGCCGUCAGGUGUCAUUGUGGGAGAUGGACGACAAGCUUGCUUCGUGCAGCACCAAUGAUGCCAGCAUAGAGAUUUGGAUGAUGCAAGACUACGAGGCUGAGGCCUGGGCCUUGAAGUACCGGAUUAACUUGUUAGUGAUGAAGACAUCACCACAGUUUGAGUAUAUUUCUAAGAUGUCACUGCUUAACCAGCGUGAGCUGCUGAUCUGUUGUCACAAUCCAUUGGACGGUCCUGACUAUCUUUUGCACUGUGACAUUGACGGAAAGUUUUUGGGAUAUUACGAAAUUAAAGGGGGAACAUAUUCUGUUUACUUCACUAAUCAGUACUUUCAGGAGAGCAUGAUUCCACUUCCGUACAGCAAGAUGCAAGAAGGUGGUUUGGAUAAGGAGCCUUCAUUCUUCUAGGGCUUUAAAGUGGUUUGUACUUCUAGUUUGCCAUGUACUAAUGCCUUUGGAUUGUCCAUCUUUUAGGAGCAUAUGGUCCUAGUUCUUACUUUAUAAUACUAGUAGAACUGAACAACUUAUAUGGCUGUGCUCGCACUUUUACUA